AAAAGUAUGAAAUUGCCCAGAGAUUGAACGACGUUCACGGAAGCUUUGUCGUCACUCAUACGCACCGACAGCACCCCAGUACCCCAGUACCCCCGUAGUUUCCUGGAACAUCUACGUACACUCACUCACUCAUUCACUCAUUCACCCACACCACGGUUCAUACGGAGGAUGAUAGGAGCUUGCCUCAUUCCUUCACUGUGGCCUCAAGUGUAAGAAGAUGAGGAACUAAGUUUUGUGUGUAGAAUCUGUGUCGUCUUCGUUGUGAGACGGAUGAAAGGAGGAUAGGAACAGGAACAGAAUCACUAGCCAACAGCAGCAUCCCACGUCGUCUGCUCCUUCAUCUUCUGCCCGAUCCUAUUAUCACUCCGUCUACUGCUUCCAGUCGAAGCUUGGGCGAAACUCGCCAAUGCGGACUUGUUAGCUCGAAUGGGUCCAAAGUGAUCUCUAGCCGUCAAAAAGCGUCUUGACGGACCAAGCUAUCUCUGGACCUCGUUCGCAGACUCAUUUCGAACGUUCGACCCUUUGAUUCAAAAAGUCCCACGUCUCGUUGCUCGAAACGAAGAAAAAAAGGGACUCAAGAGAACCAAUCGAGCGUGAACAAACGUGAUCCUGGGAAAUAGUGUCGGGAUUGGCAGGAACACAUCAUGGUCCGUGAUCAUGCAUAGACUACUCUCAUUGGUGAUCCUGCUCUUGUCUUGUGGAACAUUCCACCGAGGCUGGGCUUCAGUGCAAGUAUUCAACCGCCCCAUUGAUAUCACUCCAAACUUUACAGGGUUCAAUUGUGACUUCGAGGAGGGCGAAGAGUGCCUUUGGACUUGGGAGAAUGACAGUUUUGAGGGCUCAAAGCCCGCCUACCGAGACCAAUCUUGGCCGGGACAGCACGGCUUCUCCCGACUGAACGGCUUCGAUGUGCAACGAUUGUUCAACCGAUCCAAACAAAUCGAGAACGCCAUGUUCUUUGGACCCCAUAAAGACAACCGUGGCCGAAGCGAUGGUCAUUUCCUCUACCUUUUGGGACAUCCCAUCUCCUCCGAAGAGCCUGUCACCGACAAGCGACUCAUCAGUUCACCCAUCAAGGAAUCGGGCACGGAAUGCUCGUUGGAGAUGACGCUCUUCUAUCAGGGGAUCCGGGGUGCGGAAGUCGUGGUUGGCACACAAAACCUCUACAAGGCCUACAGUGUCAGUUCUAGGCACGUGUUCCAAGACAAUAACGCCACCACUCACGGACGCUGGGCCCACAUGAAGAUGAGGAUUGGUCGCUAUCUCAAGCCAUUCUCCGUGUCUAUUGAGAUUAAAAGACAUCAGGCCAGCAAGCCUGGAUCUUUCAUUGCCAUGGAUGCCGUGGUAUUGGACAAAUGCACUCCGGAGAGCUCCAUGCCCAUCGAUUGCUCGAGUUCUCCACGCGAGUAUUAUGUGUGCCCGGAUGCCCAGGGUGUGCCUUGCAUGCCAGCAGCCUCGGUCCUCUGUGAUCUCCAUCGGGAUUGUCCCGGAGGACACGACGAAGACGAUCCAAUAUGUGAUGCCAUGCCGCUUGGAUCUCAGUGUGACUUCGACGAAAACGACAGCCUCUGUGGAUGGGAGGUCUACAGUCAAAGCAUCGACCACCAAUUCAGUCAUGAGAACCGGGAAUGGUCCCUUCGCAACGGGGGUACCAAAUUGGGUGGCAUCACCGAGCAGCACCAAGGGAACUACCUUUAUCUGGAAUACAAUGGCUCGAGAGUGGGGAACUUUCAAACUGCCAUGCUUCGAAGUCCCACAUUUCCACCCCAACCCAAAUACAACGCAAACGCUACCUCGAGAUAUUUCGAAUCGUGUCGGAUACGCCUUUCGUAUCACGUGAUGAGCGAAUCGAUCACACCAGGAUUCCUGGAUUUGUACGUUCACUAUAAGAACGAUUCUUCAUUGGAUGGUAGCGAAAUUGAACAUAAACUCACCCGUGUCACCACCGACGAACUUAUGAUGGAUCACUACGGGUGGAAGCGGUGGGAAGCCGUGAUCCCGCCCAUGCCGCAGCUCAGAUAUAACAUUUUCUUGGUCGGUUCCAACGGUUUGGGCACAAGGAACGAGAUGGCAGUGGACAAUAUCACCCUAAGCCCACAGUGUUUUGGCUUGGGAGUUCCACAAGAAGAACUUCAAGGAUGGCGCCCCAGCAUGACCGAUAAGGAGUUUUGCCAGCAUUACAACCGAACCCAAUGCUCGCGUCCCGAAAAGUCCGAGGAGUAUUUGUUUAAUUCUUGUAAAGCCCGCAGGGGCGCCAUCGGACCCACCCAAAAGCAUUGCGAUGACGCCUACAGCAAGUCCAACACGAAGGUUCUCAUUGGAGAUCCCGGAAAGACCAAGGACGAUGUCCACAUCUUCGGUUAUGUGACUGGAAUCCAGAGGUGGAAGGUGCCCAAGACCAAAAUGUAUUCAUUUAUCGUGAGUGGCGCAAGUGGGGCCGUGGGUCGGCGGAACCGGCUGGAAAGCCGGGCCGAUGAAAUUCGAGCCAUCAUGUGGCUGGAGGCCAACGAGACCGUUUUCAUCUUGGUGGGUCAACAAGGCAACUCGUAUUGCCCAGUCAAUUCGAUCAUUAUUGCUGAAGGUCGUUGUGAUGGAACCUUGGGAACCUUGGGCUCGGAUCGGAAGAAACGCUAUCUCAUGAACGAUGACAGACACAUGGAUAACUCACAUAGUCAUCCGAGAAGUCCAAAGAAGAGCGCUGAUGUUCGAACCAUCGCUCGAAUCAUGUCCUCCACGGAUAACAAGCACCUCAACUCAGGUUAUGUGGAAACGCCCGAGUCAGAAAUCUCCGACCAAACCCAUCAUGGACAAGUUAUCAAGAACGAACCGUUGAAUGCGACCCAUUUGAACGCCAAUGACAACAUCGAGAUGGUCCGAACCGAGAGCAAGAAGAAGGUCACCUAUGAAGGGGGAGGCGGAGGGGGCGGGGCCACCAUUAUCUUUAGGAUUCGUAACAAUCAUACCGUUGAGCCUUUGUUCAUUGCGGCUGGAGGUGGUGGCGCCUCUGACCACCAAUCUGAGCAAUAUGGUUCGCCCAGUGUCAACCCCGAUGCCAAAGGCUAUGUCCACCUCAAGGCCAAGCUUCAAGAUUUGAUGGCACUCGUCUCAAAGCGUGAUAUGGAUGCAGGUUCCGGUGGAGGUUGGAACCGAACCUUAAGUGUUCCAAUUAAGUUCGAAGAGGUUUUCGAAGCCUUUGAAAAAGGACUCAGAGUGAAUCCAGCCGGAUUCUCGUCGGACAAUAGUUGGAUGGGCGGAUUGCGUUGCAGCCCCAAAUCGCACCAAUAUGGCGGGUUCGGUGGGGGUGGAGCUGGGUGCAAAGGCGGAGGCGGAGGCGGAGGAUUCGUGGGUGGAAAAGGAGGCGACAACGACACUCAGAACGGCGAAGGUGGCUGGUCCUACUUCAACUCUGAGGCUGUGGUGAAGAUCUUGAGCCCAUCGUCAGCUUUCCGCAAUGCACCUGCCCGAGGGGACAUUCCAAGCACCUGGAAGCAUCGCGGAGCUGGCCAAGUUCAAAUCAUCGAGGCCUUGCCUGACCGCUAUUGCCAUACCAAUUGCAGUUCAUUUGGGGCCGUGUGCAUGACAUUCGAUCCUGAGGAGGAUAUCCGAGGCUGUGUGUGUCCCAAUGGAAUCAUCCUCACCCAUAGCGGCCUUUGCUCAGACGAGAUUCCCAUGUACGCUGUGAUCGCGUAUGCUAUUGGAUGCUGUUUGGCCUUCAUCAUGGUGGCCUUUUGUUGCCGAGUCUUGUAUAUGCAAUACCAACGACAACACAGCAAGGAUCUGAGACGAAAGAUGCUGGCCAGCAAUGGAGGCGGACCCGAUAGUCAACUUCACCGGAUUCGAGCCAUGACCGGGAUGAAUGGGAACGGGGACAUGCUUUUGACGGAAUACAACCCGAAUUACGAGUUCGGGGGUGGAACCUUCACCCUUCAAGAUCUUUUGGAAAUCCCUCGAGAAAAUCUGAGAAUUGUCAAAGCCCUCGGCCAAGGUGCCUUUGGCGAGGUGUAUCAAGGAUUCUACAAGAAAUCGCUCACGGAUCCUUCGGAAACAGCCGUGGCCAUCAAGACUCUCCCGGAGCUGAGCUCGAACCAAGCCGAAAUGGAUUUCCUCACUGAGGCCCUGAUAAUGAGCAAAUUCACUCACGCUAAUAUCGUUCACUUCAUUGGCGUGUGUUUCGAUAAACAUCCUCGAUUCAUCGUGUUGGAACUUUUGGCCGGGGGUGAUCUCAAAACCUUUCUCCGGGAAUCUCGACCCAAGCCCGAUCGCCCUUCGCCUUUGGUUAUGAAGGACCUUUUGAUGUGCGCUAUGGAUGUGUCUAAAGGCUGUGAAUACCUUGAGGAUCAUCACUUCAUUCAUCGGGAUAUCGCAGCCCGGAAUUGCCUUCUGACGGGAACGGGUCCGGGACGCAUUGUCAAGAUCGCGGAUUUCGGCAUGGCCAGAGACAUCUAUCGCGCAGAUUACUACCGAAAAGGAGGAAAGACUCUAUUGCCAGUGAAAUGGAUGCCACCCGAGGCCUUCUUGGAUGGCAUAUUCACUUCCAAAACCGAUGUCUGGUCGUUCGGCAUCCUUCUAUGGGAAGUCAUGUCAUUGGGCUACAUGCCAUAUCCAGGACGGGGUAAUCAAGAGGUGAUGCAACUGGUAACCAACGGAGGGAGAUUGGAACCGCCUAAUUACUGCCCAGGUCCCGUGUACGGUCUCAUGUGCCAAUGUUGGCACCCAAUCCCCGAGGAGAGGCCGAAUUUCAAAACCAUUCUCGAACGCUUGGGCUAUUGCAUGCAGGACCCCGAGGUCGUGAUGGCUCCUCUACCCAUGUUCCACCGACCAUUAUCGUUGGACAGCCGCGACACUUCCGCCAGCUCAGGAUCGGGAGGUCGAGGAGUGGAUACCAGUGCGGAAAGCGGUAGUGGUUUUAGUCUUCCCAUGAGGAAUCAACGAACCUCAUCUGUACCUGACUCGCCUAGUACCUUGAAUGGUAACGGCACCUCGUCCGACUAUCUCGUUCCCACGAACGGCUCUGCUUCAUCGAAGCGUCCGAGUUUUCGCUCCCAAUCGCAAAGUAUUGAGUCUUCCAUGGAGGCCGAGGCCCAACCUGUCCAGAGAGUUGGGCGUAAUGGAAACCCAAUAGAACUGGAAACUAGUUUCACAAAGUCUCCCCGGAGGUCAGACGGGUACAGCACCUUGCCCCAGGUGGACAAGCAACCCGAUCCUGUGCAACACAUGGAGUUACAGAAGGGACGUAUCUCUAACCGUGCGUAUGGUUUGUCGGGCGUCCGAGAGCCUCAUACUCAGCGCAUGAUGAGCGGUUCCAAGUCUACCCAGCCCCUACUGGACGACGAUACGUCCCCGCCACUAUCGCCUGAGCACCCACAACCCAAUGGACACUCAUCAUCUGUGAUCAAUCCUUCAUUUCAAGGGGAUCGGGACUUGGCAAAUUGUCCCUUGGGCCCCUUGCCUCCCACACCUACGGAUCCUACUUCCUCAGAUGCUCAAACUCCUAGUUCACACCAGAGCUUGUCCUUGGACGUGAACUCCCUGCGGGGUCAAAACCCUGCCCCCUUGUCUAUGAGCCGUAACGCGGGCUAUUCCUCCGGGCCUUCGGUACAUGUUAGGGACAAGUAUCCCUACACGAUACCGUCAGCUUCGAAAGAGGAGCCCAAAAAUGAGAUAUCCGUGUAGGGAGUCAGUUUUCCCAAAUGUUUUGCUCAAAGGCUCGAUCUCCUUCAAUGGACUGAAUCAUCUUGUAUUGAUCGAGCUUGAACGAGCCCACCACAUUCAUUGGGUACGUUAUUAGAAACGGUCGCAUCUGCGACCAACUUGUCAAUAUCCCCUCAAGAAGCACGUCAUUGCUGUGAGACAACUUAUCUGUGUUAACAAAUAUUGCUCGUCAACUGGACAUGGAAAGAAUGUUCUUUUUCAUGGAAGUCAAUAGUCACCACACAACUUGUAUUAACUAGCAUGCUUUUCAUGAAAUAAAAGAUUUUCACCUUGA